CGUCCUCCAUAAUCAAAGAGUUCUCUAGAGUCCUCCACACCAGACAACACCGGUUCUUAAUAUAGAUUAUAGUUUCGAUUUCUUUAAAAAGACACGCUCACUUGCUCUUCCUCAAGACCUUUUCUGCAAACAUGGAAACAUAACUGCUCUCUCAGUUGGUCUCUCUGAUUGAACAAAUGAAGAAGAAAAUACGUCGACGACGCCAUGUCUUGUAGGAGUAUUUACUGCUUGCAUAAUCACACUACAAACAUAGGCCAUGGCGCUGGCACUCAGAUCUCAGCUAACAACAUAGGCCCCGGUACCGUAGGUCACAACAACAAUAGUGGCCCAGGAUCAGGUGGAUUCAACAGUGGUGACUAUUCCGGAUCCAUCAAUAACUGCAGAAGUUAUUGUGAGGGGAACAGAAUGGCUGCAGAAGUUCGGAGGCGUGGAUUUGACCAAGGUGAGUACUUCUCUCCCAACUUACCCUGUGCCUAUUGUGAGAACACAUUUCCGGCGAUUUUUAACAGAUCCAGAGUUUCAAGUACUCACAGACCGGAAAGAAAGUGCAGAUACUGUAAAAGAUCCGGUCGUAUUCGCCGUAUCUGGAUUCCCAAACGAAAUGCAAUUGAGAGGGAUAAGAUCUUUGAGUUCAAAACAGAAAAAGAAGAGAAAGCUUGGUUAGAUUGCUGUGCUGUAGGAUGUCUUCGGGAACCCAAAGAUACUCUUCCUGCGGUGAGCGAAAGUCUUCGUGAGCAGGGUUUUACCUUCUGCAAGGCUGUUCAGAUGGAAGGCGAUCUUGUUCUUUUACACUGCCCAAAUAAUAACGACCUGAGCACUCUAAUUGACAAAGGCAGAGUUCUGUUGAAGCGCCAUUUUCAAUGGGUCAAGCCCUGGUCCCCAAAAAUUGGUGACGAAAGGUAUGUUUAUCUAAGGAUUGAAGGAGUUCCUCUGCAUGCUUGGACGGUGAGGUUCUUCAGAAUGGUCGUCGAUCGUAUGCGUGGAAGGUUUAUUUCCAUGGACGAUUCUACCAUUAACAAAAAACGACUUGAUAUUGCAACAGUGUUGAUUAGAACUACUUCAAAUGAGAUUAUCUCCGAAUCAUUGACCGGUAGGAUUGAUUCCAAUGAUUAUAAUGUUAAAGUAAUUGAAGAGACCGAUCAGAAUUCGGUAGCUGUAGAUUCAAAUUUUGACAUAUCUGAUAAUGAUAGCGCAGUUGUGGAUGGCAGGUUGGAUGUGGAACAGUCUGAUGGGGAUUCUAGUGAUAAGGGGUUCAAGGAGAUCGUUGGGAGAGAGGAGGAGAUUUUCACUGGGAAUAGUAGAUCUGAAUUCAGUAGAAACACCGAGUGUAAUUUUCAAACUGCUCAGCAAAAAUGUUCGAGUGAGUCUCACAAAAAUUUGAAUGAGUUAGGCUCUCAGAAUGUGGUCCCAACAAAGAGAUUAAAUGCUGGGGUAGAACCAUUUUCGCCAGAAGAAAAGCUAAAUGCUAAGGCAAAACCAUCUGGGCCUGCUCAUCUGAGUUUCCCUUUGAUAUGCGACGGCCAAGAAGUCGCUGAUAUGGAUUCCCCAGUUGUCAAUAUUGGAAGGUCGGAGGGGAAACUGCCUGAUAAAAAUCAGAAUGAGUUAGGCUCUCAGAAUGUGGUCCCAACAAAGAGAUUAAAUGCUGGGGCAAAACCAUUUUCCCCAGAAGAAAAGCUAAAUGCUAAGGCAAAACCAUCUGGGCCUGCUAAUGUGAGUUUUCCUUUGAUAUGCAACGGAAAAGAAGUCUCUGAUAAGGAUUCUGCAGUUGUCAAUGGAAGGUCAGAAGGAGAACUGCCUGAUAAAGGUCUCUGUAAGGGUGAUGAAAAGGAAAGGAGAGAGGAGAAGAUUCUCACUAGGAAUAGGAAAUCUGAAUCCAUUCAAACUGCUCAGAAAACAUGUUCUUUGGGUUCAAAGCAAGACGGUUGUAGGGAGGCAGAUGGAGAAAUCGGUUCGAAUGAUAAGGGUUCCCAAGAGAUCUUCAAGAAUGGGCCACAAAAAAAUCAUCCUGGUGGAUCAGGCUCAAAGAAUUGUGGUUCAGAUACGUCCAAGACCAUGGGAAAUGGGCAUAAGGAUGGUGCGAGUUCUAGAGAUCCAAUGGUGAAAGGGGACGCCAUUGCUACACAAUUGCAGAUCUGCCAGAGAUCAUUGCCAGAGUGUCAAAAGGAAAUUUCUAUGAUUAGAAAACGAGACAAAAAUGCAUCAAUGGGAAAUGGAAGUUCGAAAAGCUAUUGAGGGAAAUCCAAAAAUUGCAAAAUUUAGUUGGUACGAGCCGUGCAAAUUAACCAAAAGAGUUAGAAGAGGUCUUUCUAGCUAGCUGGUGUCUUCGUUCUACAUAUGAAUAAUUCACUUUUAGCUUCAGGGUAAAUGGAGGAUGGAGGUUUUUAGAGAAGGGUUGUGGUGGUAAAAGUAGGGCUGCAUGCAGGGAGCUUACAUCUUUUUCGUAAGCUCCCUAUUCCUUCCCCUCCUUUUUAAGACAUCUUCUUUUUCUGGUUCUUAUGUACAUGUUUCAUGUUGAUAUCUGAGGCUCCUCACCCUCUUGACUACCUUCUCUAGGUGAUCUGAAUCCUUGGCCGUUUCCCUACUCGGGAAAAACAAUCGAAACUAGGGUUUUGUUUUCUAUUCACCUCCCCUUACUUUCAAGAAAAAUCUGAGGAGCUUUCACCUUCAUCUUCAUCACCAUCAUCAUGGGGUGGGGGGGGAAGAAAGUGAGAGGAUAGAUGUGCCUAAGGGCGGUCUGGUAAGAGGAGAAAGCAGCAGAGAUUUGUAGUGUAUGGAGCAAAUUGAAGGAAUCUGAGGAAAAGUACGAGUUCGAUAUGAAGGGUGCAAUCACAAAAGCCUUUGUCAUGUGGAAGAAUUUAGGUAUGUUAGAGGCAUGAUUGAUAGGGAAAGUCAUGAUAUGUUGAGUGUUUUAGGGUUUGAUAACAAUUUUUUUCUGCUGCCAAACAGUAGAUUUCCUGAUCGGUUUUUGUAAAUUCGGUUUAAUGGAUGAGGACGAAUAGAGGAUGCAGCAACUGUAAUGAGAUGGUUAUCUGCACUCUUAAGAAGCUUUAUGGAAAAGAAAAUACUUUCGUUUUUCAGUUUUAGAUUUCAUGGAACCCCUGCAAUUUAAGAUUCAUUUUCAUUUCACCAAAAGGAGAAUGGGGUUGAUGUACUUCAGUAGUUGUCAAAUCAAUUGCUUCGCUUUUCUUUUUCUGGUUCUUUGAAAACUUAGUACUUAAGACUG